AACAAGUUUCUUUUUAAAAAAUUCGUUCGCAUUUAAUUUCGUCAAAAAAAUACGUUCCGACGUUCCAACGAUGGACCAGCUGUGCCGCAUCUGCAUGGGCACCUUCGAGGGAGACGAUCCGGAGGCGAGGACCUCCCUGUACAGCGAGCUUGCCAACGGCAACGAGGUCGUCGCCAACAUGAUCAUCGACUGCGGGGACAUUGUGGUCUGUCACGACGACCAACUGCCGGAGUUUGUUUGUGGCGGGUGUUUGGUCCGGUUGGAGGACGCGUUCGCGCUGCGGAAGUUGAUCCGGGAGUCUGAUGGGGCACUGCGGGAGAUGGCCGCGAAUAAGACUCAGAAUUUGGUUAUGGAGGAGGAUGUUGGGGGAGAGCAAGAAGUGGUGCGGAAGGUUCCGACUAAAGUGGUCAACUAUCCGAGCGAGGAUCAAAUUGAGAGUGUUCAGGAAGUUGAUUGCUACAAGAUUAUUCGGUUGAAGGGAAUCCGAUGCUGUGGAUGCAAUUCGAUGUUUGGUACGCAGCUGGAGGUGGAACGGCACAGUCGGGAGCAGCACGGAAGUGCGGAGGUCAAGCAGGAAGCAGACCGGUUGGUUUUCGAAUGUCCAACUUGUCAUAAGGAGUUUGAGAACAAACUGAAACUGUUGAAUCAUGCGAAGAACUUCCAGUCGAAUGAAGUGUAUUAUUGUACGGUUUGCGACGUCCUGUUCGACAUUCGGUACCGUUUGGAGCAGCAUCUUAAGCUGAGUAAAGCUCACAGGAAUCCUCAGGAGGAACCGCUCAAGAUGAGUCUCGAUCGGAAGCGAUCUUCCGGGAAGAAGAAAGCGACCAGAGAGUUGAAAUAUCCCGAGCAGGACUUCAUCCUAGCAAUUGAAGAAACUCAAGAGUAUCAGUUGAUUCACAUUGGAGGAGAACGGUGCUGUGGCUGUGAGCGGAUCUUCCAAACCUAUCAGGAAUUGCAGGAACAUUGCAACGAAGCGCAUAUCCGGUCACCGGAAAAUGCUCUCUGCGAGUGUGGUUUAUGCUUUGAAAAAUUUGACCAGAUUCAAACAUACAACCGACACACCACGGCAAGAAAUUUGAAGGAACUCUACUACUGCAAGUUUUGCAAGAUCGUAAUCGACGUAAAAUUUCGCUUCGAUCAGCAUCUUAAAUCAAGCCUGGCUCAUCAAGCCGCUCGCGAACAAGCCGGAGUCGAACCAAGUCCUCCGUUGGAAGAAUUCUCCCGAGCCCUAGAAGCCGGCAUCGAAGUUCUCCAAAUCGACGGCGUUCGCUGCUGCGGCUGCGACUUUACCUGCGCCAACCGGAACGAACUCGAAGAUCACUCGGAAGAAACGCACGGCUUCCAACGGGUCAUCACCGACUCCAAGCAGACCCCUUACGAGUGCGACAUCUGCUUCCAACACUUCCCAACCCCACAAACGCUCAAAUUCCACACAAAUGCCGCCCUCCAAAGCAGCGUCUUCAAGUGCAACCAGUGCGACGUCCAGUCCGAGAUCAAACAGCGUCUUCUCCAGCAUCUCGCCAGCGGCGUCCACGAGCAAAUCCCCAAAAAAGAAUCGACCUCCAAACACGCAACCCACAAACUCAAACCCCAGCAACACCUGUGCUGCUUCGUCCGCUGUCCGGCCUCCUUCACCUCUCCAACCGAGCUCCUCGCGCACGUGGAGUCCGACCACGCCGCGAAACGACGCGAAAAUGCCGAAGAGCGCGAACUGGACGGCCCCAUCUGCUACGUGUGCCACAAAAGCUUCCGGACGGAACGCGCCCUGCACGUCCAUCAGUUUCCGAAGAAUCGCCGCGCAAAUUCACGACCGAACGUUUGCGGUGAGUGUGGAGCGGCGUUCCAGACGGCGUCCGGGCUGAUCCAGCACGCGAAGAGUCACGCCGCCGAGCGGUGGGAGUGGCAGUGCGAUGUGUGCGAUCGGAGGUGUCCGGACGAGGGCACGCUGCGAGUGCACCGCGUUUGCCACGAGGAGGAGCGUGCGUGGGAGUGCGACGAGUGCGGGAAAAAGUUUCGGCGAAAGGGGAAUUUGAAGGUUCACAAGCGCUGCCACCGGGAGGUCAGCAUCUGGGACUGUCCGCACUGCGAGACCAGCUUCAAAACCAAGCAGAGCCUUACGCUGCACAUUCGUAGCCACACCGGCGAAAAGCCCUUCCAGUGUCGGUUCUGCGAGAAUCGGUACUCGCACACGACGGACCGGCAGCGCCACGAGAUGGCCACCCACACGAAGGAACGGCCGCACCGGUGCGAUCUGUGUCCGGCUGCGUUCGUGCGGAAACGGCAGCUGACGAUCCACGUGCGGAUUCACACCGGCGAGAGGCCGUUCGUGUGCCAGGUUUGUGGCCGAGGGUUCAUUCAGGUAAAUUAUCUGAAGAAGCACUUGACGACGCAUGAAAAGGCGGGGAAGGGAUUGGUGGAGACGGAGUACAUGAUCGAGAUGCUGCAGGAAGAUGAGGAAGAGGAACUUUCGGAGACUGAGCAGAAGCGCUACUACGAGCUGGAGAUUGAACAGAUGGUUGAUGAGGCAGAAGAGGACGACGAUGACGAAUAAAAGACAGCGAGGAGGACGGUACCCAUUCCGAUCGGCCCGUAAAGUGCGACAAGGACGCCAUUUGCCGAGUCUGCAUGACCGAAGACCCCCAAUCCGAGUUGAUUUCGUUGUUCCA